AAAAAAAUAGCCGGUGGUUCAGGUUUGCUCUGUUGUGUUCGAGUUUUUAAUAACUAAUGAAUAUUAAUUAUUCAUACCGAAAGUAGGAACUAUUUUGAGUCUAAUUAUAUUUAAUAUUUAUCAAUGUAUUUGUAAUAUCAGAAAGAAAAAAUCAAUCAGCACUUAUUGUUGCUUAAAUAACAGAAAAAUAGAAAGAAAGCGAGAAGAUGGGACUUAUUAAAUACAUGUCCUUGCUGACGACUUGCUCAGUCUUCGCGGUGCUUAUAUCAAUUAUUUGGCAAGCAUUCAUUUCGCUGAAAAAAAUAAAUAAAGUGAUAACCUUAUUGACGGGUUUAUUGGCGAUAGAAAGCAGUUUGAAACGCCCACAAGACUAUCCGCGACCAAAAGUAGCAAUUGGUUAUGGAGCUUGCACAGAUUUACUUAUAAAUGCAACUGAUUUUUUAAAUUACACAGAAAAGUAUGUGCAAGACAUUGGUCCGGAAUUUACUGUAGAUGAGAUCAAUAAUGAAAAAGAGCUUCUGCAGACUUUUGCCUACUACUUUCAAAAUGGUGCAGCAGCUGAACGGAUUAUGCCGAAUACAGAGCUUUUCAGAAAAUUGAUAAACAUUGCAAAAACCCGACAUCGCAAUCAAAUUCAAUGGUUUAUUGGAGGAAAUGCACCAUUAAUGGGUAUACGCUUUUUUAUGGAAGGUGCCGAUGUCCUUCUCGGUGCACGUUUGUCGCAUAAAUUAAGGCGUUUAAUACCAGAAGAAAUAAAAAUUGCCGGUGAAGAAAUUGACGAGGAUGACAUUCAUAUUAUACUAGAAUAUAAGUCGGGUGACAAUUGGGGUCCGUUUACAGCUCCUCGCGCAAAUAGGUAUAUAAUACAUAAUGACAAAAACAAUCCACAUCUGAACUCGCUGGAACAUUUUGAAGAAGCUUUGAAAGAAUUUCAACCCAAAUUAGUUGUAAUUAGUGGAUUACAAAUGAUGGAUAGUUAUCAAUUUGAAGAAGGGGUAAGAGAAGCAAGACUAUACAAGGUUCAACAACAAAUAUCACGGCAGCCGCCAACCGUUUUACAGCAUUUUGAAAUGGCUAGUUAUGUUGAAAUUGAAUUACUACAGAUGUUGCGGAAAAAUGUGCUGCCAUAUGUAGACUCAAUUGGUAUGAACGAACAGGAACUAGAUAAUUUAAGGCAAGUAUUGGAAUUUGACAGAAUUACGUUGGCAUCUGACUGGAACCCUCGUAUAGCUUCAACACUUGAUCAUAUGCGAGAAGUAUUCAAAAUACUCGCAAACAAUUAUUACGAAAACAUAAAGCGUAACGGCAGAUUACGUCUUUUAACUCGAAUUCAUGUGCAUACUCUUGCCUAUCAAGCUAUUUUAGUUGUCAAGGACUCACAGUGGAAUAAUACAAAUGUAUCCGCCGCAAAAGCCGCUCUAACUGCACAUCGCUAUGUGUGCCAAACCAAUAUGGUAAAUCCUGAAUCUGCGUCGCUUCUAUUAGACGACAGUUUUGCAAUUUCGGCUACUAAAAAUGCUGAACGCAAAACAUUUAGUACUCAAAAUCCGGUACCUUGUUGGAAAGAAUUCAUUGAAGUAAAUGCCCAAAAAUCCAUAGAAAUUGAGAUUUGCAUUGCUCCUGUAUUGGUAUGCCGGGUUGCAAAAAAAACUGCUGGUGCUGGUGAUAAUAUAUCUGCUGCUGGACUAUCACAGCAUCUUUGACUUGCAUCGCUUAGAAAGUAAAAAAAUCAAUGAAUCUUUAUGUCCACUUACAUCACUUUAAUUCGAUUUCCAUACAACCUUUGACCAUUCGGAAACCUUAGUGACCUUAAAAUGUUAUAUUUAACAUAUACAUACUGUUAAAACAUUCCAGAAGUAUAUUCCAGUAUAUAGAAAUUAUUAUCUUAAUA